UCUCUCUCUCUCUCCCUCUCUCUCUCGCUACCAAUCGAUUCCAUUAUUGGCUUCAAUUUUCUUUUUUUUUUUGUCAGAAUCGGUGAAAUCAUUUUGAUUUGGGCUCCUAAUUUGCAUAAUUGCGGUUGAUUUAGCUACUGAACCCACCUCAUGAAAUGUGUCAUUGAGCACCCGAAGUGCUGAUUCUGCAGUUCUGUGACUCAAACAUGUUGUGCUGCGGAGGCGCCGAGGAAGAGAACUUCGGCCCGCCGGCCAAUCAAGCGACUCCGCCGCCGAACCGCAAUCCUCCCGAUAGAGAGCCGAGAGGUCCCCAUGCCGCCAGAGGCGGAGGUCCCCAGAAGGCGGUGAAUAUUGAGGUACCGGCUGUACCGUUGGCUGAGCUGGACAAACUAACAAAUAAUUUCGGUGACAAGGCUUUGGUCGGAGAAGGUUCGUACGGCCGCGUUUAUUAUGCAACUCUGGGUACAGGGCAGCAAGCCGCAAUCAAGAAGCUGGACCCGACUGUCUCGCAAGAGCCUGACUCUGAUUUUGCUGCUCAGUUGGCAAUGGUUUCGAAACUCAAGCAUGAAUAUUUUGUGGAGCUGUUGGGCUACUGUUUGGAGGAGAGUAACCGAAUACUAGUGUAUCAGUUCGCCACGAAGGGCUCAUUACACGACACCUUGCAUGGGAGGAAAGGGGUUCAGGGCGCUGAACCGGGUCCGGUUCUAAGCUGGAGUCAGCGAGUGAAAAUAGCUUACGGAGCAGCUAGAGGCCUCGAGUAUCUUCAUGAGAAAGUUCAGCCUCCGAUCGUGCAUCGAGACGUCAGAUCGAGCAACGUUCUUCUGUUUGACGAUUAUGACUCCAAGAUCGCCGAUUUCAAUCUCACAAACCAGUCCCCUGAUACAGCAGCCCGUCUACACUCAACCCGAGUUUUAGGAACUUUCGGCUAUCACGCUCCGGAGUAUGCUAUGACCGGACAACUGACUCAAAAGAGCGAUGUCUACAGCUUUGGUGUCAUUCUUUUGGAGCUUCUCACAGGGAGAAAGCCGGUCGACCACACCAUGCCCAAAGGACAACAAAGUCUCGUUACUUGGGCCACUCCGAGGUUGAGCGAAGACAAAGUGAAGCAGUGUGUAGACCCCAAACUAAACAAUGACUACCCUCCAAAGGCUGUUGCUAAGAUGGCGGCGGUCGCAGCAUUGUGCGUGCAGUACGAAUCUGAUUUCCGGCCCAACAUGACGAUUGUUGUCAAGGCUCUGCAACCUCUCCUCAAUUCCAAACCGGGGCAAGAACACAAUGCCUAAACUAAUCUACGGUUCGUCGCAAUUCUUAUUUACCAACAUGUAUAUUAGCCCACAAAACUCUCUCCUGUUGUAUCAAAACAAUUUACUAUGAAAUGGACAUGGAGUCAUAGAUUCAUUUGCAACAGUAGUUUCUGAAAUGAGAAAUGCGGUUACCGAUCGUAAUUAUAGCGUGUCA